AUGAGCUCUGGCAAGUCAUUCCAGCCGACUCGAGGCGCGAGUCAGCUCCGUGAUUUUAUCGACUCUGAUCAUAUUUACACGGACGAACUUGACGAAGCAGUCAUUCAGAGAAUACGUGAGGCGUCAGAGAAAGAACCAGAAGAGAGUGUGCCAUCAGGUAUAACAAAGCGUAAAUGGAAGGCCAGAAGGUCCAUGAUUCCGCGAUUCCCACUUGAAUGGGCGAACUCCAGAGAAGCUUUUCGAAAAGCAGUAAGACAAUUUGAGUAUCACAAAAAUUCAGGAAGUCCUCGAAGAAACGUGACAAAAUUAAACUUGAACAUUGAUCACUUACCCCCACAGUCGAAGUAG